UUUCAUUCUUUUCAGAAUUGUUUCCAAUACCAUGUUACAUAAGUAUGUAUAUACAUACAAUAUUGAAUGUUGUAAUAGAGAGAAAAACAGUAUUGAUGCAAAAUUUUCCUAAGUAGACGCAAGGAGCGCUAGUGCGGGCAAAUCUUAUGUCCGGCAAGGGAUACUUGUCAUUGUUUCUUUUUUUUCCAUGUUCGAAAUAACCUAGCUUAUCUUGGCUACUAUGAGUUAGCUGAUCCUAACCUUUAUCUAAUCAUUAAAUGCCGACGACACGUGUGUGAAAAGAUUCGAAGGGAGAGUAGGGAAGGUUAGGCGUUCUCGUAAAGGGAGAAGCAAAAAAAGAUAUAAUUUGAUCAGGGAGAUCUAGAAAAUUGCAAUCGGUAACAAUGGACGAGAUGCUAAAAGACGCGCGUUUCGCGCAUAUUGCAAGAGAUCCAAAGUUUUCUCGCAUUCCCAAAGCCGAGAGGAAGGUGAAGAUCGACCGUCGAUUUAAGUGCAUGUUUGAGGACGAGAAGUUCGUCGUGAAAUAUACCAUCGAUAAGCGCGGUAGACCUGUCAAUCGAACCACCACUGAGGAUCUUAGAAAGUAUUAUGAUCUGUCGAGCAGUGAAGACGAGGAUGUCAAGGACAAGAAGAGCGGAGAUCAAUCCUCGUCGAGUAGGCAAGUCAAAACUAAGGAAUGUCUCGACGAGGAUGAAUCUAAUAAGGUAUCCUCAGAUAGCGAGGAUGGAUUUUCUCAAACGGAACUAGAUCAAAAUAAUAAGCAACUGCAUCAAAGAAGAAAAGACGAAAAUUAUGGACUAACGAGUGAAAUUAAAGAGAAACUUAAGGAUCUUACCGUUAAUUAUGCCAGAGGCGAAGGUGUUCUGUUGACGGACAGUUCUUCGGAAGAAGAAUCGUCCGAAGUUAGCGAUACCGAGGACGAGAUUGAACAUAAUUGGGGUGAACUGGACAAAGAAGCUGAAACGACGGAUGAAGUGACGAAUCGAUUAGCUAUUUGUAAUAUGGAUUGGGAUAGAAUACGUGCCGUGGACUUGAUGAUUUUGUUAAAUUCAUUCUUGCCCAGCGGCGGACUCAUCUAUUCAGUUACAAUUUAUCCAUCAGAAUUUGGUCUGCAGCGAAUGAAGGAAGAAGAGAUUAAUGGCCCAACAGAGCUGAGAAACGAAACUAUUGCAAGUGAAGACGAAACUGAACAUGAUAAUGAAGAAGGUGCAAGAUAUCAUAUGGAAAAGUUAAGGCAGUACCAAUUAAAUCGAUUGAAAUAUUAUUAUGCUAUUGCCGAAUUUGAUUCUGCUGAAACGGCAAACAAAGUAUACACAGAGUGUGACGGUAUCGAAUAUGAAUCAACUGCAACUAGAUUAGAUCUUAGAUUCAUACCAGAUGGUAUGACAUUUGAUCAGGAGCCUAAAGAGACGUGCACUGAGAUUCCGGAACCCGUCAAGUACCAACCGAGGCAGUUUGCGACAACAGCUUUGCAACAAGUUAAAGUCCAGUUAACGUGGGACGAAACAAAUCCAGAUCGGCAAGAGUUUACGCAGAAAGUAAAUUCGGGAAAAUUGCAAGAUAUUGAUGAAAAUGAUCUGCAGACGUAUCUGGCAAGCUGUAGCGAGGAUGAUUCAGACACAGAGGAAAAGAAAGACACAAAAGAGAAAAUGGACGAUAAUUCAGAAUUGGAGACGAAUAAUGAUCUAAUCGGAAAGUACAAAUCUUUAUUAAAGAAUAUUGAAGAAGAAGAAGAGGCAAGGAAGAAUAAGGGUGUCGAGUUAGAAUUCUCAUGGGGUUUAGGCGAUAAAGAAAAGGCUGAAAAAUUAGUCAAAGAGAAAAUGAAAAAUAAGGAGGAACUCGCACCUUUUGAGCAAUAUCUAGAGAAACGCAAAGCAAAGAGAAAAGCUAAGAAAGAAGAGAGGAAGAAGCUUAAGGAAGAAGGUGAGAAAAGCGAUUUGGAAGACUCUUUGCCGUCUGAUGUAGAUAUAAGUGAGAAAUAUUUUGCGGAAGAAUGGAAAAAUGGUAGCAAAGGAAAGAAAGUUAACAAAGGUAGUGUUGAUUCAUCGAAUGAGCUGGAAGAGCAUCGACGUAAAGCCGAAUUGGAGUUGCUUUUGAUGGAUCAAGAGGAAGACGGUAAGAAGCACUUUAAUAUGAAGCAGAUCGAAGAAGAUGCAACUAUGUCCAAGUCUAAACGAAAACGUCUUAACAAAAAGAAGAAUGUACAAGAAGAAGCGAAAGAAGACGAUUUCGAAGUUGAUGUUAAAGAUCCAAGAUUUGCCGCUUUGUUUACGUCGCACCAUUUCAAUAUCGAUCCUGCGGAUCCGCAUUACAGGAAGACAAAGGGCACGGAAGCUCUAAUUAAGGAGAAAUUGAAGAGAAGAGCCGAUAACGAGACACGCGAGGAAAAGGACAAGCAAUCUAAAAAGCCAAAAACAGACGGGAAACUACCGACGGAAUUACAAGCUCUAGUUAAAUCUGUUAAGAAGAAAACACAGAAUAUUACACAGCCAAUAAAAGGAUAGAAUACUAUCUCUGUAUUAGUUUUAACUAUUAAUAAAGAAAACUAUAUAAACUUUUUAUUAACGU